CGCUGCGAGGAGCCGCGCCGCCGACGCCCUGGACAGUCCUGUACCCGGCCCCAUUUCUGGGCAGCCCAUAGCCCGCGGAGCCCUGAGAGGACAGGCCGGACAUGCAGGAGCCCCUGCUGGGAGCCGAAGGCCCGGACUAUGACACCUUUUCCGAGAACUCACCCUCGUCCCCCGGCGAGAGCACGCAGGAGCGGGCCCCGCACAACAAGAGGCUGCUGCUGGCUACCUUUGCAGCCGUGCUGGGCAACUUCACCUUUGGCUACGCCAUGGUGUACACGUCACCUGUCCUCCCAGUCCUGGAGCACUCUGCGGACCCCAACCUGAGUUUCACCAAACUCCAGGCAUCCUGGUUUGGGGCCAUCUUCACCCUGGGGGCGGCGGCAGGUGGCCUCAGCUCCAUGGCCCUCAGCGACCUUCUGGGCCGCAAGCUCAGCAUCAUGUUCUCGGCCGUGCCCUCAGCCGUCGGCUACAUCCUCAUGGCGAGCGCGCAUGGCCGCUGGGCACUGCUGCUUGGCCGGGCGCUGACAGGCUUCGCCGGGGGCCUCACGGCCGCCUGCAUCCCGGUCUACGUGUCUGAGAUCGCGCCCCCGGGGAUCCGUGGGGCUCUGGGGGCCACGCCGCAGCUGAUGGCGGUGUUCGGGUCACUGUUGCUCUAUGCCCUGGGCCUCCUGCUGCCGUGGCGCUGGCUGGCCGUGGCCGGGGAGGGCCCGGUGCUCCUCAUGGUGCUGCUGCUCAGUUUCAUGCCCAACUCCCCGCGCUUCCUGCUGACACGGGGCCGGGACGAGGAGGCACGGCGGGCGCUGGGCUGGCUGCGCGGGGCCCGGGCCGACGUGCGCUGGGAGUUCCAGCAGAUCCAGGACAACGUCCGGAGACAGAGCAGCCACCUGUCAUGGGCCGAGGCCCGGGACCCCGCCGUGUGCCGCCCCAUCGCCAUCGCCGUGCUCAUGCGGCUCCUGCAGCAGCUGACGGGCAUCACCCCCAUCCUCGUCUACCUGCAGCCCAUUUUCGAGAGCACGAUCGUGCUGCUGCGCCCGGAGAACGACGCGGCCAUCGUGGGCGCCGUGCGGCUCUUCUCUGUGCUGGUUGCCGCCCUCACCAUGGACCUGGCCGGCCGCAAGCUGCUGCUGUUCAUCUCAGCGACCAUCAUGUUCGCUGCCAACCUGACCCUGGGACUCUACAUCCACUUCAACCCCAGGCCGCUGAGCCCCAACAGCACAGUGAACCUUGAGGGCGGUCCCCUGGGGGCCCCCACACUGCCCCUGGCCACGCUGUCCGACCCCCUCAGCCUAGUGCCUCUGCUGGCUGCCAUGCUCUUCAUCUUGGGCUACGCCAUGGGCUGGGGGCCCAUCACUUGGCUCCUCAUGUCAGAAAUUCUGCCGCUGCGGGCGCGCGGCGUGGCCUCGGGGCUGUGCGUGCUGGUCAGCUGGCUCACCGCCUUCGCCCUCACCAUGUCCUUCCAGCUGGUGGUGAAAGCCAUGGGUCUGCAAGUCCCCUUCUUCUUCUUCGCCACCGUCUGCUUGGUCAACCUGGUGUUCACAGGCUGCUGCGUGCCCGAGACCAGGGGCCGGUCGCUGGAGCAGAUCGAGGCCUUCUUCCGCACCGGACACCACUCCUUCGGGCCUUAGGUGAGGCCCGAGUAUGGGGGGACAGCGA